AUGAGAAGCAGCACCGUGCACAGUCCAGUAAUCGUGGGAAGAAAUAGCGCAAGUGUUGGCUCGAAUGGGAGAUCCAGGUUUUCCUCUGUCUCUUCCAGCUAUCACACCUCUUGUGGGCUCGGUAGUGCCAGAGGCAAUGCCUCCCGCUUUGAAGGUCGUUCCACCCAUGACUAUGGAAUUGGCCAAAGCAACUUUCUGAGCAGCGGUUGUCAUGGUGCAUUUAUCAGGGGUGGCCAUAGGAGGAGAAUGAGUACAGGUAGCUGCCCCAGUGGUAACCAUGGCGGUUAUCCUCCAUUUGGAUAUGGGGAUGGGCUAGCUGAAGUCAGGUCCGAUGGAGCUGGCAAUGGAGUUGGCGGGACGGGUGGUGAUCCCGAAGCUUGCGGCAUUGUCUUUUCUUCUACUGAUGGAAAGGCGGUCAUGCAGGACCUCAAUGACCGCUUGGCCAGUUAUAUAGACCAAGUGCGAUGCCUGGAGGCUGAAAAUGCUGAGCUUCAGUCCAAGAUCAGUGAUUUCCAUGCCAAGAACAGGUUGGCUGGUGAACUGAAGGACUACAGCCACUAUUAUCAGCAGAUUGAGGAGCUUCAAAAGCAGAUUGUAUGUACAACAGUAGAGAACAACAGCAUAAUUAUCAAGAUUGACAACAAUCACCUGAACGUUGAAGACAUGAAGCACAAGCUUGAUACUGAGUGUGGCCUUUGUGAGAAUGUGGAGGCUGACAUUAAUGGCUUAUACCCCGUUUUGGAUCAAUUGGCCAGCUGUAAGACUGACAUGGAAGCUGAACUGGAGUCACUGCAAGAAGAACUGUCUGGUCUCAAAAAGAACCACGAAGAGGAAUUAAUCUCUUUGCAAAAACUUUGUUCAAGUGAUGUCAACAUGGAAAUCAGUGCCUGCCCCAGUCGAGAUCUGAAGAAAAUCCUGGAGGAGAUAAGAUGCAAGUACGAAGCAACGAUCGACUCAAACCGCAAGGAGGUUGCAGAGUGGUAUGAAGGCAAGCUGGAGGAAGUGAACCAGGAAAUCUGCACCACUAGCAAGGAAGCUGAGGAUGGCAACCAUAAGGCCAUUGAGCUGAAACGUCAGCUGCAGGCCUUAGAGAUUGAUCUCCAAGCCCAGCGCAAUCUGAGAGACACACUGCAAGCGUCCUUGGCUGAAGGAGAACAUCGCUACAAUGCUCAACUAGCCGAAAUACAGGAUCGCAUCUCCUGCAUGGAGCAGCAGCUGGCAGAGCUGCGCUUGGAAAUGGAGGGCCAGGACCGGGAAUACAAAGAGCUCCUGGAUGUUAAGAACAGGUUGGAGCAAGAGAUCCAGACAUACCGCAGCCUGCUAGAAAAUGUGCCAGGCGAAGUACAUGCCACACCAUGAAAGAACAGCCUAAUUUCUUAUCCCCUACCAUUUCCGUUGCAUGACUAGAUUGGGACUAAGGUUAAUUUCCAGCAAAGGCCAACUAUGUUGAAAUAUCUGCAUCUUAAUUCUUGGUUUCAGUUUUUAAUGGCUUCUGGUCAUUUCUACUUCUGAAUAAGGCUGAGCUGAAAGAGGGGGAGAUUUCUGCAAACAUGGAAAAACUCCUUUUGGUAACCUGCAGGGGACUGCAGUGAAAGGGGGAGAAAGUGUUCAGGAAGCAUUGCUCUGUGUCAGCCUUCUGUUGAAGUGAUCAUCUUUCUGCAUUUUUUUGCUUCUGGCACCUAUUCUGCUAAUCCACACAACUUGCUCAUUUUGUUGUU